AUGGCGUCCAAGACAAACCAAGGACCCCGCCGCAUAGGCCAAUGGAUCUACCUGAAGCCCGAAUGCAUCGAUGAGUAUAAAAAGUGUCAUGCAGCGGUUUGGCCAGAGGUCUUGGAGCAGAUUAAGGAUUCGAAUAUAAAAGAUUACUCCAUCUUCCUCUCCCUCACCCCACGCCCCACCCUCUUCGCUUCCUUCAAAUACGUCGGCCACGCCUUCGACCAAGACAUGGCGCGCAUGGCUGCGAACCCCAAGGUGCAGGAGUGGUGGCGCAUGACGGAUGGAAUGCAGGAAUCUCCUGUCGAGGGGGCGAUGGGGAGUAAAGACGGGCCUGGGUGGUGGGGGCAGACGGAGGAGGUGUUUUAUUUGGAGUAG